GUGACUGACUGACUUACACCUGUCGAUGGUUAUCGGGGAACAUUUGCCCCGAAUCUCAUCACCCGCAUAUUGUAGAUGUAAUAUGCAGAUGCUCAAUAAUCCCCCCUUUAAUGCAGCAGAUUCCCAUCACGGUAAUUACCCAGUUGGGUCCCCUACCUCGCUCCAGGGCGGCAGGGCUCAGUGGAUGUAAUUCGCCCACUUGUCGCUUCGGCAGGAGUUCUCGCGAGCGGUGUGGGCGGGGUUUGAGUACUGAGGCCACGCCCACCGAUGACGUCACUUAUAUUACGAGCACUACUUUUAUAGUAGUUGGUUUUGGGAGUCAGUUCACAGUUUGAAGGAGAGGCGAGGCAAUCAGGCAGAUUCAUUUCCGUGCCCCUCUCACCAUCUGUCAGCAAAUAUGAGGCAAUUUUUGUGUAGCGCUGUGCUUUUGGCCGCUGUUGCCAGUCUCACGACCGGCUCCAGGUUAUCCAAUGAGGUGAUCAGCCGAGCGAUGAACAUGGAAGACGUGGGAAUUCCACUCUCUCAGCUAGAGUCGCUUACAGAACACCAGAUCGAUGAUAUCUUCACAACUUUGCUCGUAGAGGAGGGCUACGACCUGCAGGAUUUGGAGUCAGCCCCACCAGGCUUUCUGGAGCUGAUUCUUGAGGGGAGGAAGGGAGAUCCAAAACUUGUCAAGAAAGUCUACGAAAUCGAGGCUCUGCUCAACGAUUUCCAGUUCAUGUUUUCUUAUGGUAGCUUCGGAUAUUACUAGAGGGUCCCAUAAAUAUUGAGCCCAACAAUAAAGGCUUUGAGUAGAAUACCUCAUAACAGUGGAACUCCA